AUGAGUACUGUCGCGCAAAAUGCUGAUGACGCAACGGCAAAGUUUCGAAAGCAUUGGCAGAGCGCCACCGCCGAUAGUAACCUCACUCUCCAUGGAUUUCGUCGAUUUAAGACCUCACAUCUCUUAAAUCUCCGUUUCCUGGAAGAUGAAAUUGCCGAACUGGACCAUGUUAUCUACCAGGCCGGUCUGAGCCUGAAUGUUGAUCGCUCACCUACUGAUCGACUUGGCCUGAGGCAUAGCAAGAGAGAUAAAAAUGUUCCUAGGGCAGACGCGAUCAUUACUAGAGGACUGGUGUUAAGACUUCGCGAUCUGAUUAAGCAAUACGACGAGGCACUUGUCGCGUUUAACAACAUCAUGGCCAUGGAGACAUUCUCACUCUUGGACGACGAGAAGCAGUCUAGCCUGCAAACCGACCUGAGUCUCUACGAGAUAUAUAAUACUAGGCUCCUCAGAAUAGAUCUCGGAACACGGUCCCGCACGGAUCCUUUUCAGCGCUGGAUUCACAAAUGGCUACGCGCAUUCCGGUAUCGGAGACUGUCUAAGAAGUCGCAGGGCAAUGUUGAAGGCCUCGGGUCCUUCGAAAAGGGUCACCGAUGGUCAUAUCAGAACACCAUCUUGGUGGCUGAUAUUAUCGGGCGAGGAGUUACUGCGAUGGUUACAGCCAUUUUCCUCAUAGCUCCUCUCGCUAUUUUGUCGCAGCAGUCACUUAGGGAUACGCAGCUGCUAGUUAUCUCUCUCUGCAUUGUUGUCUUUUCUUUUCUCGUGGCAGUCAUGUUGAAGGUGUCGAACUUCGAAAUGAUGGCCGUGUCUGCGGCCUAUGCGGCUGUACUUUCAGCGUUCAUGUCGAAUGCAUCCUAA